UAGUUUCCACUACUAACACUUAGUCACGUACCACCACAACCUUGCUAUCACUUGCAGCUUCAACACUCCACUCAGUUCAUCAAAUGGCUUCUCUUGCAACAUCGCCGGUUGGUAUGUCGGAGUUGCUCGGAACUCCCUUGAGCAAGAGCAACUUCAGCGGCGCAGCCCGGUCAGCUCCCACAGCCACCACCCCAGCCACCUUCAAGACCGUCGCUCUUUUCGGAAAGAAGAAGGCUGCACCUCCCAAGGCCAAGGUAGCCGCUGCUCCCGAGAGCGAUGAGCUCUCAAAGUGGUAUGGUCCUGAAAGAAGAAUUUACUUGCCUUCGGGGCUCUUGGACCGAUCGGAGAUCCCAGAGUACUUGACCGGAGAAGUUCCCGGAGAUUAUGGUUAUGAUCCUUUUGGUCUAAGCAAGAAGCCAGAAAACUUCAGCAAAUACCAAGCAUAUGAGUUGAUCCAUGCUCGUUGGGCUAUGCUUGGUGCAGCUGGGUUCAUCAUCCCAGAGGCCUUCAACAAAUUUGGUGCUAACUGCGGGCCUGAAGCCGUUUGGUUCAAGACUGGAGCUCUACUCCUUGAUGGGAACACAUUGAACUACUUUGGCAAGAGCAUACCUAUUAACCUGGCUGUUGCUGUUAUUGCUGAGGUCGUUCUUCUUGGAGGAGCAGAAUACUACAGACUCACAAAUGGUUUGGAUUUGGAGGACAAGCUUCACCCAGGUGGUCCAUUUGACCCAUUGGGGCUCGCAAAGGAUCCCGACCAGGCUGCACUUUUAAAGGUGAAGGAGAUUAAGAACGGUAGACUGGCCAUGUUUUCCAUGCUCGGUUUCUUCAUCCAAGCUUAUGUGACCGGAGAAGGUCCUGUUGAAAACCUAUCUAAGCAUCUCAGUGAUCCUUUUGGCAACAACUUGCUUACUGUGAUCUCUGGAAAUGUUGAAAGAGCCCCAACCCUGUGAUUUCAAAUUUUCUCUUGCUCUCUUGCUCCACCAAUCAAAAUUCAAAUGCAUUGUAUAUCACAUUGAGUCUUUCUUAAGGCAUUUAACCUUAAUCCAUGAAUGAAAUUGCAACUCUGUUCAAAUAUAUAUAGCUAGAGACCUAGCUAUAUAUAUAACCUACGGGUGCACUGUCGUAGGGCUAGUGCUGUUUACAUAUGUAAUUCCUGAGCACUAUCAAUCCAACCAUGCAUCAACAUAAUCAUC